AUGGGACAAAAGUUUCAAUAUGAUGAGAGUGGGAGCACAUUCUUCUACUUCAUAUUGUCCUUUCUAGCGCUGAUAUUGAUUCCAGCCACGUUUUAUUUCUGGCCAAAAAAGAAAUCUGAAGAUCCAAGAAAGUCCAAGGAAGAAUGUCAUUGUGAAGGAUGUUGUAAGAAACGAGUAAUUAUUGCGAAUGCAGACCCAUAUAAAAAUGUCAAAACACUAGCUGUAAAAUGCUCAAUAAUUUUCGGAUGGGCACUAUUAAUCUUUCUAACAUAUAAAGUAUCACAAUUUGAUUAUGAAAUGUCCAAUUUUGAUCCAUACGAAAUUCUUGGAGUUCCUUUAGGAGCAUCGAAGAGUGAAGUUAAAAGAGCUUAUCAUAAACAGUCGAUAGUAUUGCAUCCAGAUAAAGAGACUGGUGAUGAGAAAGCGUUCGUAAAAUUAACAAAAGCAUAUAAAGCAUUGACAGAUGAUGAUGCAAGGAAAAAUUGGGAGAAGUAUGGAAAUCCAGAUGGUCCGUCUGCAAUGAGUUUUGGAAUAGCUCUUCCUGCUUGGAUUGUUGAAAAGGAAAAUUCAGUUUGGGUUUUAGGACUUUAUGCACUUGUUUUUAUGGUUGCUUUGCCUAUCACUGUUGGAACUUGGUGGUAUCGAAGUAUUCGUUUUAGCGGCGAUAAAGUCUUGCUGGAUACAACACAGCUUUACUUUUAUUUUUUCCACAAAACUCCAAAUAUGGCUCUUAAGAGAGUAAUUAUGAUUUUAGCAGCAUCACUCGAAUUCGAUAAGAGACACAACUCACAAGUCAUUGAACGUCCAACUGAUAAUGAAGAAGUUCCAUCAUUGAUUAAAUUACUGCCUCAUUUGAACGAGAAAUGUAAAGAAAUUCCAUUGUGUCGACUUUAUUCAGUCAAGACAAGAGCAUUAAUUCAUGCACACUUGUCACGUUUACCAUUAAAUCCUCAUACAUUGGAAAAAGAUAGGCAAUUUGUGUUGAGAAAGGCACCCUAUUUAGUACAGGAAAUGGUCUCUGUAGUUAAUCAAUUAAUUAUGCUAGCUUACGCUGGAAGAAUUUCAGCCUCAAAAUUACCUUCAAUUGAGACAAUUGAGAAUUGCAUGAAACUAGCACCAAUGUUAAUCCAAGGCUUAUGGGAAUUCAAGAGUCCACUUCUUCAAUUACCACACUUGACAGAGGAUAAUCUAAAAUAUUUUGUCAAUAAGAAGCGCUACAUUAAGAAUCUACAGCAAUUUGCUAAACUUCCGAAUGAAGAGAGUCGAAGUCUUUUGAGAGAUUUUAGUGAACAGGAAUAUGAUGAUGUUAUAAAAGUUCUAGGCAAAAUGCCACUAAUUGAUUUUAGUUUUAAAGUUGAGGUUGUUGAUGAUGAAAAUACUAAUGUAGUCACGGCUGGUGCAAUUGUGACUGUUACUGUGAAUCUUGUGCGACGAAGCAUGAGAGAAUUAUUUGGUGAUUUAACAGCAGUUGAGAAACAAAAUAUUAAAGAGAAUACUGAGGAGAAGCAAGCAGAUGAAAAUGCUGAUAAUAACGAUCAAAAAGAAAAUGUUCAGCCGGUAGCUAAAAAGCCAGUUUGGCUUAAAUCAAAGAGCCACAAAGGAAAACCUAAAUCCAAAUCAUCAAAAUCCAAACCAGUUAUUGGCGUUAUGAAGCAAGCAGCCACAACUAAUGCAAAAGAGACAAAGGAUCCACAGAAUAAUGCCAAACCAAUCAUGAAGGAAUCAAAUGAUUCGGAUGCCGACGAGUCUAGUGCUGAAAGUGACAAUGAAAUUGCUCCCGAAGAAGAUCGUACAACUGACGACGAACGAAAGAAUAAUUCGUCUGUCGAGGACGACGAUAUGGAAUGGGAAAAAUUCCAACAGAAAAUCAAUAAACGUGAAAAGUUAGAAGGAAGGUCAAAGACAUCGCACAGUGUUCAUUGUCCAUCAUAUCCUGAAGACAAGCAAGAAUAUUGGUGGACUUAUAUUUGUGAUAGAAAGUCACAAACAUUAUUAACAGCUCCGUUUCACGUCACUAAUUUAGUCGAUCAUCAAGAAGUGCAAUUGAAAUUUACAGCCCCAAGAUGGCCAGGUGUUUUUACAUUUACAGUUUGUUUAAGAUCAGAUUCAUAUAUGGGAAUGGAUCAACAAUUAGACUUGAAAUUAGAUGUUAAGGAAGCUCCCGCUGUACCGACAGAACAUCCACAAUGGGAUAUUAGUGAAUCAGAAGAAGAGCAUCAAGAAGAGAAAAAUAACGAGAGUGAAUUUACAACCGAUUCCGAAAUGUCUGAUGCUGAAAAGUAA